AUGCCUGAAGAUGACAUUAUCUUUGGGUUCGCUCUCCAGCUCCACAGGCUGGUCUGGCAGGGUCGCGUCCGCGGUCGAGGUGGUCCGGGCGUAGCGUCCGGUGCUGAGGACCUCACGGGGGGUGGAUCGGGCGUGCGUACUGGCAGCCCCGAUGUGGGACGGCAAUCCCUGGCCACUUAG